AAAACCCACCUCCUGAUCCAAAUGAUGAAUUAACAGUCAAGGAACUUCAACAGCAAAUAGACACAUUACGUGUUUAUAAUCCAAUACCAAUUGAAGAUUUACUAAACCUUGAAGAAGAACGAGAAGUACAUCACCAAUUUACUGAUGAAGACCUGAUUCAAACCACGACGGAAGUAGAACAGGUAGAAGAGGAAUUCGUAAUGCUGCCCCUAACUGGAGAAGAACAAUUGAACAUCUUGCGUGGUGCCUUGAGGAUCGUGGAUGAAAGAAUUGAUGAUGGUGGAGUGACAAUGAAAACCUUACGCAAGCUACAAUCCUGUAUCCGUGAAGAGGUUCGAAAAGAAAAGGCCGGGAAGCAACUUCAAUGUAGAUUAGAUCAAUAUUUCACUUGA